AGCGCGAUCUCGCGGUAUUUGGCGGACUAUAAAUACUCCCUCCUCUGAGGCCUCCCCCUUCUUCUUCUCGGGAAAACACCAAAUGGCGGAUGACGCCGGUGCAGCGGGAGGGCCCGGAGGCCCUGGGGGCCCAGGCUUGGGAGGCCGUGGCGGCUUCCGAGGAGGCUUCGGUAGCGGCCUUCGGGGUCGAGGUCGCGGCCGUGGUAGAGGCCGAGGUCGUGGCCGCGGGGCUCGUGGAGGCAAGGCCGAAGACAAGGAAUGGAUCCCCGUCACCAAACUAGGCCGCCUGGUUAAGGACAUGAAGAUCAAGUCUUUGGAGGAAAUCUAUCUUUUCUCCCUGCCCAUCAAGGAGUCUGAGAUUAUUGACUUUUUCCUGGGGGCGUCCCUCAAGGAUGAGGUGUUGAAGAUCAUGCCCGUGCAGAAGCAGACUCGAGCUGGCCAACGCACCAGGUUCAAGGCAUUUGUAGCCAUUGGUGACUACAAUGGCCAUGUGGGUUUGGGUGUUAAGUGCUCCAAGGAGGUUGCCACUGCCAUCCGAGGAGCCAUCAUCCUGGCAAAGCUCUCCAUUGUCCCUGUGCGGAGAGGCUAUUGGGGGAACAAGAUUGGCAAGCCUCACACUGUACCGUGCAAGGUGACAGGCCGCUGUGGAUCUGUGCUGGUGCGCCUCAUCCCCGCCCCCAGAGGCACUGGGAUUGUUUCAGCUCCUGUCCCCAAGAAGCUGUUGAUGAUGGCUGGUAUUGAUGACUGCUACACCUCAGCCAGGGGCUGUACUGCUACUUUGGGCAACUUUGCCAAGGCUACUUUUGAUGCCAUCUCCAAGACCUACAGUUACCUGACCCCUGAUCUCUGGAAAGAGACCGUGUUCACCAAAUCUCCUUAUCAGGAAUUCACUGACCAUCUUGUGAAAACCCACACCAGAGUCUCCGUGCAGAGGACCCAGGCUCCAGCUGUGGCUACAACAUAGGAUUUUUAUACAAGAACAAUAAAGUGAAUCAAGCCUG